GGGUGCAUGUUUUCAUAUAUAUGCAUGCAUACAUAAAUACAUACAUACAUACAUACAAACAAACAUACACAAGUGUACGUGCGUUUAUGUGCAUCUUUGUGUCAUGGUUUGUAUUAUUCAUUUCAUUACAUUGCAUGACAGCAUAAAAAAGUCUAUGAGGAAGUGGCUGGAUCUUCGUGUGUAUCUGCACUGCACGAGGGGGACUUGACAUAGUUCAGUUUCUUUCAGUGUGUUUUGAAUACCAGCUGUAGGUCUCUUUCAGGAAUAACUGGGGAAAACAAAACACCAUCAAGAUGUGGAUCCUGAAAGUAAUUAUGUGUGUCUUCAAUGGUGUGAUAUUUCUGGCUGGUGGAGUGGCUGUGUCUGUCGGGAUUUUGGUUGAAAUGAACAGCAAGUAUCUGCGAACUGUCUUAGAUCACAUUAAAGACUCUCCCCCUGCGUUGGCACAGGUGGGCAACGUGGGCUACCUGCUGAUCGCAGUAGGGGCUGUCCUGGCCAUUAUGGGCUUUCUGGGCUGCUGUGGAGCCUUAUGCGAAAGCAAGUGUAUGCUGCUGACAUUCUUCAUCAUUAUCCUCAUUGUCUUCCUCGCUGAGGUGGCCGGAGCAGUAAUCAUUUUGCUUUUCCAGCCUACGGCACAAAAGCUGUUGGAAGAAAUUCGUCAAAAAGCUGCUCAGAGUAUCAAGUCAUCCUAUGGUGAAAAUAAAGUCCUCACAACUGCAUGGAACGAGACAAUGAAUCUGAUGAAAUGCUGUGGAUACAACAACUACAAUGACUUCACUGACUCCCCAUUCGUAAAACACAACUCACAGUACCCUAACGACUGUUGCCAUGGAAAACCUGCAAAGUGUACCUACAAUGAAGCAAGAAUAGAGAAUGUGACAGGCUGUUUUGAUGCGCUGGCUAAACUAGUGAAGGAUAACUCAAAUUGGCUGGCUGGAGUGGCCAUUUGCAUCGCUGCCAUAGAGGUUUGUGCAAUGAUCGUCGCCAUCUUACUGUACAAGAAUUAGGGCAGUAAACCUGCAGGUCUGAUAAGCAGUGCGAUAUAUUAACGAUCUCUCUGAUUUAAAAGUGUGCUGUAUGAUCCAGUGUAUUUCUGCAGUUUGUAUUAAAAAUAUUGUCUUGACUAAGUAUAAACUGUAUAUUUAAAUUGUAUCAACAUAAAAUACCCUGAGAGUGUGAUGUAAUUUCAUGUUUGUUCAUUGCCAUUAUCCAUCAUUAUUAGAUAUCAGGUUAGGGGAUGUUCCGAUAGACAGACAUACUUCUGUUGUGGUAACUGUUCCGUUGUGGUAACGUUUUCUUUUCGUCCAUAGCUCAUUGUCAAGAUCAGGAGGGGAUGAAAGACAGUAUAGUGGUCCAAGCGUGAGGUUUAAAUAAAAUAAUUCACUUAUGGUCACAGGUAAAUGAACAAAACACACAUAACAUAUAGAAAAUGGAGUUUACAGUUGCAGUUAAGGAAUAAUCUAAGCGCUCACUCUGGUAGCUUUUUUCAGAAUGACAGUAGGUCAACAGGUAUACAUUGUCUAUGCAAGUACUACAGUAAUCACAGGUGUAUACUUGUAGCAAUCUGCUCAAAUAAAGAACUCUGGCUCCAAGCCAGGCUUCUGUAUGUAAAAAAAAAUAAAUCUGCUGAAGCUGAAGACUUUAAUUAUAAAAAAAGGAAAAAAUUCUGCAUUAAACACUGGAUGACUUGGUGUCUUCAGUCUCCGAAAGAAAGUUGAUGUACCUAAUAUUCUCCUGUCCCAAAUUUAUUGUGAAAUACUGCAGUAUAUAUUUCCAAGAUAGGUAGAUAGAUAGUAGACAGAUAGAUAGAUAGAUAGAUAGAUAGAUAGACAGAUAAAGUUGAUGAGGUAAAUAAUCAGAUAUCAUGUUUUUGUACUGCUUUCUGUUUAAUAAAAAUCAAACAGCAUACACUAA